AUGGUGUCGGGAACAUCCGUUUCCGUUUUUAUAUGGUUCCUUCCUGUUUUUGUGGUACUUUGAGGAAGCUGGAAGCUGCAAGAUGAUGUUGUUUGUGUUUUCCACUGUCUUGUUGUGAUGGAUGGCCCGCAGUGAUAAAGUGGGGAAGAAGAUCCAUGCGUGUUAACUACUACAGUUGUAUAUUCAUCAGUUUGUGGCUAAAUAUGGCGCAGCUGGGGGGCCAAGAAGAAAAGGAGAAAACUACAGCGCUGAAAGAUUUGCUAUCCCGCAUAGACCUGGACGAGCUGAUGAAGAAAGACGAGCCCCCUCUCAGUUUCCCCAAGACCCUGGAAGAGUUCGAGUACGCCUUCAACGACGAGGGACAGCUCAGGCACAUUACGACCGGAGAGCCGUUUGUUUUCAAUUACCGGGAGGACUUACACCGGUGGAACCAGAAACGAUACGAGGCCCUGGGAGAGAUCAUCACGCAACAUGUUUACAAACUCCUGGAGAAAGAGUGCAACAUGACUAAAGAAAUUCUCCCAGUGGACGCGGCCGAGGACGAGCCCAAGAGCUUCAUCUACCUGAGCGAGGACGCCCUGAGCAACCCGGACAAGCUGCUGGUCCUCAUCCAGGGGAGCGGCGUGGUCCGGGCGGGGCAGUGGGCCCGGCGGCUGAUCAUCAACGAGGACAUGAACAGCGGCUCGCAGAUCCCCUUCAUCACCCGCGCCGUGGAGGAGGGCUACGGUGUGAUGGUGCUGAACCCCAACGAGAACUACCUGGAGGUGGAGAAGCCGGCCAAGCCCGCCGCCCCGCCCCAGCCCUCGCCCGAGGGCCCCGACGAACCGGCCGAGAAGAGGGAGCGGAAGGAGGAGAAGGAGACCAAGAAGAAGCGCGACUUCUACGAGAAGUACCGCAACCCCCAGAAAGAGAAGGAGACGGAGCUGAUCCCCAUUCGGGAGAACAGCUCUCCGGAGGAGCACGCCGUCUACGUGUGGGACCAUUUCGUGUCGAAAUCGGCGGCGAAGGACGUGUUCUUCGUCGCGCACAGUUACGGCGGCCUGUCCUUCGUGGAGCUGAUGAUCCAGAGGGAGGCGGAGGUGAAGAACCGGGUGUGCGCCGUGGCGAUGACCGACUCGGUCCAUAACGUCUGGCACCAGGAGGCCGGGAGGUCCAUCCUGGACUGGAUGCAGGAGCACUGCUGUAACUGGGUGUCCAGCACCCAGCCCUUGGACACACCUGUGGAGACCAUGCUGCCGGACUGCCCCCGUGUGUCAGCAGGUACGGAGCGACAUGAGCUGACCUCGUGGAGGAGUUUCCACUCCAUUUUCAAGUUCUUCGACGAGACCCUCCAAGCUCAGGACAUUGACUCCAGGUCCUCCGCUACGGUGACCAGGCGCAGCUCCAACAGAAUUAAACACGAAGAAUUUUAGAAGGAGUACAGAUGUGUGUGUGUGUAUGUGAGAGAGAGAGUGUGUGUGUGUGGGGCAGGGGGGGGGGGGGGUUG